AACUAAAACUAUGCUGAACAGUGCGCCACUGGCGCUUAAAGGCACUUUUGUCAUCGACUACUGGUUUUUCAAUGACUAUAAAGUCCGCCUCGAAUACGCAGAGGCAGUUUCUUCGGUUGCUUCUGAAGUACUCCGAUGAGUAAAUUCGGGAGAUAUUACACCCGUUGACGGUAUUCGAGAAGCGCACAGUAUACGAAAUAAACUUAUGGAAAUUUCACGACAGAAUACGUCUCUAAUUGGACUCUAUUUCGUACGGAGAUUCAAGCUCGCCACUAGUCAUUACAAUUACUAUCUCAACAAAAAUGCAAAUUUGAGAUAUGGAAAAGCUUUCGAAAAUCUGAACGGCGCUGAGGCAGAUCAAGUUGCUAUUGAUACAAUUAAAUGUGUUGGACGAAUAAACCAUAAUAUGACUCGUAGAGUCAACAUGGUCGGCGAGCUUCUCAAAAGCCUAUUUGGCAUCACCAUGGCUAUGUCUCUAUACCAGGUUGGAAAUGCCCCUCGGUGGAAGGCGGAACUGGGGAGACAGGCAAUUUCCUGGGCUGGGGCUCUUGUCGGAGGUGAAUUCGGUACAAGCGUGGGAGCUCUUGUUGGUCCUAUGGAGUCUAUCAUAGCAGGAAUUGGAGGAGGCAUUCUAGGGAGCAUAGGAGCAGAUGCACUUGCUACCUUCUCCUUCGAUAUUUCAUUAAUUAUGCGGGCCGAACGGCUUUUGGAAGUCACUAGGGUUUUUAUGGGCCUAUCAUCGCCUUCGUCAGGAACCAAAAUCGCAAUUUGACAUCUCUACUGAGGUCCUACUUCGUCGAAAAAUUUCCGACAUACGUUUUAAUCACUUAGCUGCUCCAACAACGUCCCCAAACGCCCUAUUUCAAGUAUAUUGCCAUGUAUACAGCCUUUGUAU